UUAACUAUCAUUGCAAUUUUUUAAGUAAAUGAUACUACCAAAACUGCAAAAAAUUUAAAACUUCACACUUUUAAUAUAUUUUUCUAAUUUUAAACGUUUUCCCGCAUCUAGAGCUUCUAUAACAUUUAAUCCACUAGUCCCAAUUCAUUAUACAUCAAGGCCAUACGUGAAUAAUCCAACCAACCAUCAUAAAAAUGAAAAUUUCCUGUAUUUUAUUAUCAUUAAUGUGCGUAAAUGUUUUGGCUAAUAUAAGUAUAACAGAAUAUAUAAAUAUGGUUGAACUUCUGAACUUGCAAAUUCAAAAAGCUUCUGGCUAUAACGACGAUUAUAUAGGAAAUGGAUUGGAGCAUGUAAUUAAAGACUUUUUACAAUCAAACGGCUAUGACUCGAAGUUUAUGAAUGAAAUGUUCACUGUGCCGGAACAUGCACUUACUUACAACUUUAAUUAUCUACAAGGUGCCUGCAUCAUGGGCCAUCUACAAAGUAUCAUAAUGACACAAUCACAUACUCUGCAACGGAAAUUAUUUCAGACAUUAGGUAUUCCUAUGGUCGAUACAAACCAAAGUAAUGACAUUUUAAGAGUGACCACAUAUGAAAAAACAAGAACUUAUCUUACUGGAAAAGCUUUACAUAACUUACGUAACCAAAUAUUUGAUAUUUCUUCACUUGAUGAUAAAUACCAAACUGUUACUGUACAUGAUGAUAAAUACAAAAUAAUUUACAAAGCUACUCCUAGAGCAAUUAUUAAAUUGACCAAACUUGGAAAGGCGAGGAGACUUCUUACUGGAAAAGUUAUACGAAAUGUACUUACCCAAGCAUUAGCUGGACUGAUUUUGUAUGACAAGAUGUAUUCAGUUCAUGAAAUUUGUACUUUAAUAGCAGUGUGGAUUAGUUCAAAAACGGGUUCAUUGACGAUAAAUAGAGUACAUCAUGUACAGGAUAUUGAUAUUUGUGUAGUGUAUGAUAAGGACUGGAAUGUUGUAAAAUACAGACCAUUUAAGGGCAUAUAUUGGCAAGUGAAUGUCAAUAAAAUGGAUACUAAAAUAGAAGAAUUAAAUGUACAGCUACUCGACGAUUCCAGUUAUCCACGAUUUGAGAACCAGUUAACAACCACAACAUUUUAG